GAAAAACUUAGAAGUAAAUACCAAAAAAUGACAAUAAAAGCGAAUAGAAUAUAGAAUAGAAAUAUAUGAAUGUAUGAAUGUAGAAUAUAAAAUGACAACGGUAAGAGAAUAGUUGCCUUAAAGGUGAAUUUUUAGUCGUAACAGUGCCAUAAGUGCCAUAACGUUAGAAUAAAAGACUCUAAUUUACGUUAGUAAAAGUAUAACGGUGCAUUAACACAAAUUAUUUUUUUGAUUGUUUAGAUAAAGGAUUUUUUUGGAAAAUAAUUAUACUAAGUUUAUCAAAAGUGAACAAUUUAAUAAAAUGAAAAUUUUUAAAAAUAAAAAGAUCAAAUGUAAAAGAUAAAAAUUUAAAAAAAAGAAGUACAUAAGAAAAAAUUGAAAAAAAAAAUCAACAAUAAUGAAGCCUUCCAAGGGUGUUUCACAUUUAAAAAGUGUACUGGUGUUGUUGUUGGUGUUUUCGUUUUAAAAUUGACGUUUAUCACUUCGUUCACAAUUCUAUACUUUGAUGUUUAUUGAACAUUGCAUUUUGAAGUGUGACGGUGUAUUCUAUUAUUGUUGCUUUGUCGCUUUUGAAAAUCUCAACAACAAUAAUAAAUAUUCAACAAUAUUUUCGUUCUACUACUACAUACUAACAUGUCUCAAAAGUAAUCAAUUCCAAUAUUUUCUUCAAUCAUAAUCAGCAGGAGCAUAUUAGAAUUUUUCAUACCUAUAUAAGUAUAUGUACAUACAUUGGUUUAAUCAGCACACAUGCACACCAGUGAUAAAAUGAAAAGAAAACAACGUAGAUACAGAACUACUUUUAAUACAAUUCAAUUGCAAGAAUUGGAAAGAGCAUUUCAAAGAACACAUUAUCCUGAUGUGUUUUUCCGAGAGGAAUUGGCUGUAAGAAUUGAUUUAACUGAAGCCAGAGUUCAAGUAUGGUUUCAAAAUCGACGUGCAAAAUGGCGGAAGCAGGAGAAACAUAUACUAAAAGGCGGUACAACUUCACCAACAUCAGAUGAUCAUCACAGUGUUCGUCAACAUCCGUCUCUUCAACAACAUCAACAAGAACAUCAAAUCCUUCACCAUCAUCAUCAACAGCAUCAUCAUCAUCACCAUCAACAGAUGUUAGAACAUCACCAAACAGGCUCAACAUCAACCGACACGUUAAAUGAGUUUACUUUGGGAAGUACAGGAAAUAGUUCAGAUUGUCUGCAAAGUUUUACAAACAAUGUUUUACUUCCUGAAACCCCACCCCAAUCAAAUUCACUUAUGGAUUCUGAUCCAAAAAAUAUCAAUUUUGGUUCACUUUCACCUACACGUAUAUCACCAAAUAUAUUCUUAAAUUUAAAUAUUGAUCAUAUUGGUUUAGAACGGGGUACAAAUGGUUUAUCAAUGGAAUGGACAACAUUUCCCCCGCCAACAUUAACAUCAAAUUGUAACAGCAGUAAUAGUAAUAACAAUAACAGUAAUAAUAAUAAUAAUAAUAAUAAUAAUAAUAAUAAUAAUAACAAUAAUAAUAAUAAUCCUAAAAACAAUAAUAAUGAUAAUCAUAACACUAAUAGCAAUAAUAACUCAUUUCAAACGACAUCACUUUCAGCAACGUCUAAAGGAUGUCAAAUAAAUUUACAAAAUACAAUCAGUAACACAAUAAGUUCGGAUACAUCAUUGAAGUUAAGUAAUUCAGAUUCGAACAUAAAUGAAUCAGAAAAUAAUCUAGAAGAUCGCAGCAAUGCACAACGUCAACAACUUCAUUUACACGCAUCGUCAUCAGAAACAACAACUUCACCGACAACGGAUCAUAUAAAUGAUGUAACAACGUCAUCGGCAUAUGAUGCUAUGAAAUUUUUAAAUGUUGAUGUGAAUUAUGUUAUGGACAGUUUUAAGACGGAUUGUAUAUUGAAUCUAAACCAUUCCCUUAUCGAAGACAAACAUAUUCAAUCAGAUACGAGUGCAUUAAAUUUAGACAUACAUAGUUUCUCCUUAUCUGAGGAGAAUUCAAAAACUCCACCAUUGAUGGAUUUGGAAAAGCCUAUACUAAAUAUUCAUGUUGGUGGUAUAUCGGAUCUAGUCAACGAUAAAUAUUGACUAUUUAGUUAUGAUCACUUAGUAAUAUUUAAUAGGCAUAUAAAAUUAUUAAUUAUACUUGUAAAAGAAAAAAAUUAGUUAAAUAUUUGGUGCUUUUUCUUUUUGGUUAAGACAUUUAAUAAAAAAUUGAUUAUGUAAUCAAAG